UGAGCGGCUCUGGGCCGUCUGCUCUCCUUCCAUCCUGACCCCGCUUAUGUCACUUCCUCCUGCUCCGAGCCUCUUCCUUUUCGCGUCAGCCUUUCGCGGAGCGAGCUCUUCAAGCCCUUAACGGCCACCAGAAAAACUCAACAUGCAGAACGACGCCGGUGAAUUCGUGGACCUGUACGUGCCCCGCAAAUGCUCUGCUAGCAACAGAAUCAUUGGAGCGAAGGACCAUGCCUCUAUCCAGAUUAACAUUGCUGAGGUUGACAAGGUCACAGGCAGGUUCAACGGACAGUUCAAAACCUACGCCAUCUGUGGCGCCAUUCGCAAAAUGGGCGAGGCUGAUGACUCUCUGCUGAGGCUAGCAAAGAACGAUGCUAUUGUGUCCAAGAACAUCUAAGCUCAGAGAUGGACGUCUGGAGUUUCUUUGUAAAAUAAAAUAAAAAAAUGAACGUC